UGGCUUGCAUCACGAAAGGCCGAUAAUUUUGGAUAGUAACGUUAACUGCCAGACACAGAGACUAUGGCAUCAAAUUCAGCAAUACAUUGUGGUCCAUGUGGAUAUGAAGGCAUUACAAAGAAUGCAAAGAAGUGGUGCACCAACUGCGAUGAGGGGUUUUGUGGAGACUGUGAGAAAAGCCAUAGAUCUUUAAAACUGACAAAAGAUCAUAGAAUUAUUGCCAUUGAUGACUACUUGAAAAUUGAGGAUUUUUCUGUUAACCUAACCUGCGUGACUCAUGGAAAAAAACUUGAUCUUUAUUGCAAAUAUCAUGGUGGUGCAUUAUGUGCAGUCUGUGUUAAAUCUGCGCAUAAAACUUGUCGAGCGGAUGAUAUCAUUUCAAUAGACAAUGUAUCUAAAAAUGCAAAAGGUUCAACAGCACUUGCAGAUUUAGAAGAGACAAUAUCUAAAACAUUAGAAAACGUAAAGCAGUGCAUAAGAGAUCGGGUGUCAGCCUCAGCAAAACUCGAUAUUGAUGAACAAACAAUUAAAAAGAGGAUUUUAGAAACAAAACUUAAGCUCAACAGACAUUUAGAUGGACUCGAAGAAAAACUUCUUCACGAUCUCAUAAUGAACCAUGAAAAGUAUAAGGCAAUACACAGUACAUUAUUAAAAAAGUUAGAACAGACAGAGAAAGAGUUUAAUAAAUUAAAGGAACAAACACAACGAAUGAAACUGUUUGCAUCCGACCUUCAAGUGUUCCUAGGAACAUGUCAAAUGAACAAAACCACUAUGGACAAAACUAAAUUACUCAAAGUUGAAAUAGGUAAAGAAAGGAGUUAUGCCAUGGAUAUGAAAUUACAUCGUGUGAUCAGUUCACUAAUGAAUGACGUCAAGCAGUUUGGCGAAAUACACAUCACUGAAACAAGUGCCGAUCUUCAGUUACAAGACGCAAAUGUUGACCAAGCUCAAAUGCAAGUGCGAGGGUCAAGGCAAGAUACCCAUUAUGUUGAGCUUCAAUUAAAACGAAAAUUUGAUAUUAAACUGCAGGACCAAAGCCCAGGAUGCCUCUUAUUGUCUGAUGGAAGAACUUUGAUUGCAGAUUUCUGGGGUUCAGGAAAACUGCUGGAGUACAAUGAGAAAGGAAAAUAUAUCCGUGACGUCCAUAUCUUUGAUAAGCCAUACGAUCUAACAGAAAUAGAUACAGACCGUAUCGCUGUAACAUAUCCAGAUGUGAAACGUUUGGAUAUUAUGACUAUCAAGAAAGGUACUGAUGGAAGGAAGAUAUUAUGUGAAAAAACGUGCUUCGGGAUAUCUUACUGUAAUGGAAAAAUAUUCACAGUAGUAAAAGAACUUGGGAUACUGAUACUAAACUUAACUGGACGUAUCUUGAAUAAAAUCAAGAUCAACAAUUCUGAUGUGUUUUAUGUAGCAGCUACCGAGGACAAGAUAUACUACACUGACGGUAACUUGAAUACAGUAAACUGUUGUAAUUCUGAAGGCCAAACAAUUUGGACAUUCAAAAAUAAAUCGGUAAUGUGCUCAUCAGGUAUAACUGUAGAUAAUAAUCAGAAUGUUUAUGUUGCAGGUAGUCUUUCAAACAAUCUGACACUUAUACUGCAAAACGGAGAAGAUAGUAAGGAGAUGUUAAAUGCUAGUGACAACAUAAGUGCACCGUUAACUGUAUGCUACAACAAGAAUAAGAAUUUACUUCUAUUUGGCUACAAAAUAGGAAAUAUGGCAUUGUAUCAUGUGUCGUAAGAGCAAAUAUGUGUACUUGUAACUCUAGCAAAUUUUGUUAUUCGCGUAUUUGAAUGUCAUCGAUGAUUUUUAUUUAUCGUUUGUUAUUCAAAAUAAAUAAAUGAGAUUUU